AUGGUCUUAGGUUACAAACACACCAACAAAAAGAGUCUUCUCCUGGCCACAGACGUUGAAAGAGUCCUGUAUGCAUCAGUGAACCCAACAGCAGGAGGAUUAAAAUCAACGGAGAGAUUAAAAGCUUUUUGCUCUGUUCUUCGCAUUUUGAUUCACACAAGUGAGAUCCUGGCUGCUCAGGGAAACCUAGGGAAGAUUCAGAAAAAGACCCUAAGAGAGGUGCAGAAAUGCUGUUUCCAGAAGAACAACAACAAAUGUCAAAGGCACAAGUGCUGCUGGCAAAACCUGCUGGCCAGGCCCCCUCCACUGAGCCCUGAGGAACGCUUUCUUGUUUGCCCCACAGCCAGUGCUGAUUUCCCAUACAAUGGUCAAGCUAUAGGAGAUGGAGUUAACAGAAACUCUGCCAUCAUUGGAGGCGUCAUCGCAGUGGUAAUCUUCACCAUCCUCUGCACUUUGGUGUUCCUCAUCCGCUACAUGUUUCGCCACAAGGGAACCUACCACACCAACGAGGCCAAAGGGGCAGAGUCAGCCGAGAGCGCCGAUGCUGCCAUCAUGAACAAUGACCCCAACUUCACAGAGACCAUCGACGAGAGCAAGAAGGAAUGGCUUAUCUAA